AUGCUAGGAGUUCAACUCCUAUCAAAUGCAUACCUAUCACCAUCGUUUCAUCACAAAGUUGGAGAUGGAUUUCAGUUGGGGCAUUUUGUUCGUUUCAUUAAUGGAUGUGGGGAAAUUAUAUGCCUCGAGAGUGAUUUACGAUAUAUUUUCGGACCAGAAUCGAUUGAUCUUGGACCGUGUUGUAAUCCGUGUGAUGAAAAUUGGUUAAGGAUUUUAAAAAAUGAGGAUGUUUUAGUCUUUUCUCGUGGAUAUACCUAUCCUUAUGGAAAUGGGUUUGUAGGAACCGCAAAACAGGUCAUAAUCCCGGCAACACAGAAUGUUCAUAGUUUUCUUGGUGUAGUUUUGCGUGAGCGUCAUCCUAGUUCAACUGAGGGUGCCACAGCUGCUUUUCUCUGUCCACCCUUUGGUAUUAUAAAAUUGCAUAAAUUUGCAUUUGGUUGUGAUUCCGAUAUCUCGUGGCCACUAGUAAUUGGCAAACGAUUCUGGGUCACGUUGGAUGAUGAUAAAUCCUGGACUAGAGUAUGGAAAGUAGAUGGUAUAGCGGAUGACGUUAAAUUCGGCCUUGGAACUACACUGUUUGAUAUACCAAAGCUUCAUCUGUGGCAGUGGAAUAAAACAUUUAACCAAUCGGGUAUAUUCGCAAUCGGAGAUUUCAUUUUGAAAAAAACCAAAACAAAUGAAAGUACAAGUCCGUCAAAUGAAAUUGAAAGGAAUUGCCAAAGUGGUUCAAAUAUGUCAGCUUCGGUAGAGGCGCAGGGUUGUGAGCGAAAGGAAAUUGGGCUCAGCACGAAUACACAAAGCAAUAAUGCCGCCAUCAACUUGUUAUUAGAAAUACUUAAUGAUCAAAACAUAAGAGAUUUGGUUGUUGAAAGGCAUCAAGAAGCUUUCGAGAAUUAUAUAAGUGAAAUAUCUCGUCUCUAA